CAAGGGAACUUGCUAUGGCUGUGGUCUAUUCUAUUCAACUCCAAGGUCCAACCUCAAAGCCAGUGAUCAGUUUGGAGUUUCGAAGCAGCAGCUGUCUUGUCUUCUUUCCCUCCUCUGAAAAUCAAGAGAAGCAGAAGAUGCAGAUAUUUGUCAAAACCCUAACAGGGAAGACUACCACCCUCGAGGUUGAAUGCAGCGACACCAUUGACAAUGUCAAGGCCAAGAUUCAGGAUAAAGAAGGCAUACCUCCUGAUCAGCAGAGGUUGAUUUCUGCUGGUAAGCAGCUGGAAGAUGGCCGGACUCUGGCUGAUUAUAACAUCCAAAAGGAAUCCACACUUCACCUUGUUUUAAGGCUUAGGGGAGGAACUAUGAUAAAGGUGAAGACUCUCACUGGGAAAGAAAUUGAAAUUGAUAUUGAACCAACUGAUACCAUUGAUCGUAUUAAGGAACGGGUUGAAGAGAAAGAAGGAAUUCCUCCAGUACAGCAAAGGCUUAUAUAUGCUGGUAAGCAACUUGCAGAUGACAAGACAGCUCGUGACUACAAUAUUGAAGGUGGGUCUGUGCUGCAUCUUGUGCUUGCACUGAGGGGUGGUUGUUUCUAUAUGGUGACUCCAAUAUAAGAAAACAAGCUGCUUUAAUUUUUCUUUGCAUAAAUCAACUGAAUUUGCAUUUAAUUUGUUGAUGAGUGCAUGGAACAUACAUGAACUGAUUUCCUCAGAUUAGCAUGUUCUGUUUUAUCGCUUGUUUAUAUAAAUUUGUCUUCAGUUUUAAGUGUGGCAUCAGUGAUCUUGUGAGUUGAAAAGAUAAUUUCUGAGGAUGUCAAAAGUUAAAAAGUAGAUGUUUUUUGUUUUCCUUUACCUCUUUCAAUAGAGAACUUGAGUGUUCAGAUGGCUGAUAUAACAUUCUGCAUACCUUCUAAAAUUGACUUCCAGUUUGUAUAUGCUUCAUUGUAAGCCCAUUAGCAGCAACAGCA